UGGGACAACGCACCUCUAAUAGGCUUUUCAGCUGAAGAGAGGAUUUUCUUUUCUAUAGCUCUUUAUUUAAACCAACAUGUAUGUAGGCCGCAGUAUUGUGAUCUAUUUAGCCAUGGGCGAGGUUGAUGGGUUUUAUUUAACAAAUGAUGUGAUUCAGUAGCAUACUGAAAGGGUCCUGGAAACGCAUGCGUUUAUGCAUAUCUGGCGGUUGUGUUUCAUUGGGGUGGAGCUAGAGAUCAUUGACACGUAAGAAUCCUGCUUUAAUUUUAAGAAAGAGGCUACAUAGGCCUACGUCUUUUUAGUAGCGAAGGAUGGCAUUUUUGAAUAUAGUCAGCUACUAAUAUUUUGUAUUUGGUUUGAUGUACAUAAUUAUCCAAAGCGACUAAAUUGGGCGGUGUGUAGGCUGUAGAAAGGGCCUACAUAGUCAACGUUGAGAAUGAGAUUCUCAAUGUUUAUUUCUCUGCUGAGGCCGAUCGGCCCGGUUAUUAUCGGUAUUUCUUUGGGAUUUACCUUAAGUUUACUUAGUGUGAAUUGGGUGGAGGAGUCUUGUUUCCUCAACGGGAAAGCGAGUAAAGAAAUAAGUUUGUCCCAAGAUGGGAAUUCAAAAGGAGCAAGGAGACCCAAUUCGAUAUCGACGGUCAAAGAUGUGGACGCCGAGGAAGAUUUUGAGCCAAGAAUAGUGCCAUAUAAACCAGUCCAACAAAGCAAACCAAAUAAACUUUUUCGGGCUAAGUACAUCAGUACAGAGCUGGGGAUCCGGGAGCGCCUCUUCGUAGGGAUCCUGACAUCCAAAAGCACCAUCAACACAAUGGGAGUGGCCGUGAACCGCACCAUCAGCCAACACCUGGACACUGUGGUCUUCUUCACCGGCAUGCGCAACCGCAAAGUGCCCCACGGCAUGUUCGUGGUCACCCAUGGGGACGAGCGGCUCAUAUGGAACAUGUUCCAGACCAUCAAGUACAUCUUGGAGCACUAUAUCCAUGAGUAUGACUGGUUCUAUCUGGCCCAGGAUGACACCUACACAGAGGCAGACCGGAUCAAACAGCUGGUGUCUCACCUGAGCAUGGACCGGGAGCUUUACAUGGGCAGCCCUGAGGAGUUUAUAGGUGGGGAGAUGGAGGGGAGGUACUGCUACGGUGGUUUCGGAUACAUUCUGUCCCGUACCCUGUUACUCCGGCUCAAACCGUUCCUGGAGAACUGUAGGAAUGACAUCCUGAGUGCCAGGCCUGACGAGUGGCUGGGCAGAUGCAUCAUUGAUUAUGCCAACACCAACUGUGUGGAUGAGCAUGAGGGGCUGCAGUACUACCAUUACGAGAUGGGCAAGAACUCAGAUCCGAGUAAGGAGGACAAUAUGCAGUUUAAAAAUGCCUUCACUGUCCACCCGGUGUCUGACCCUGAGCAGAUGUACAGAGUACACGAGCACUUCACUGAGAUCGAACUGCAGAGGACAUACGAUGAGAUUAAGAAGCUGCAGACGGAGAUAAAGAAUGUGAGUGAAGUGGCUUAUGAUGGCAACCGUAGCGCCCAGUGGCCCAUUGGGAUCAAUCCUCCCUUUGAGCCCAAGUCUCGGUUCGAGGUCCUUCGAUGGGACUACUUCACAGAGGAACAGGUGUAUUCGUGCAUCGACGGCUUCCCCAAGUGUGAACUGCGCGGUAUUGAUCGUUUGGACGUGGCCGACGUCAUCGAGAUAGCCAUGGGGGAGCUGAACAAGAAGUACAAGCCUGUCCUCCACUUGAAGAAGCAGCAGCUGAUCAACGGCUACCGGCGCUUCGACCCCACUCGGGGCAUGGAGUACACCCUGGACCUGCAGCUGGAGGUAGUCAACCAGAAAGGCCACAGUCGCUCCAUCACCAAGAGGGUCCACCUGGUGCGUCCCCUGAGUCGCAUCGAGAUCAUCCCCAUGCCUUAUGUCACAGAGGCCACCAGAGUUCACAUCAUCUUACCGCUGAACGUUCAGGAUCGAGAUUACGUCAACCAUUUUCUUGAAGUGUUUGCCGCAAAUUCGUUUGAGACCAGUGAAAACGCCAUUUUGACUUUCCUGUUCAUCUACGACCCAUUCGAGGCCCAGCAGGUCAACCAGAAUGACAUCUUCGCCAGUGUUAAAACCCAGAUCAAUGCCUAUGAACGCAAGUAUCCAACAGUGAAGAUCCCGUGGAUAAGUGUCAAGACCGAAACCCCCUCUCAAAUCAAAUUCAUGGACAUCAUCUCGAAGAAGCACCCAGUAGACACUCUGUUCUUCAUCGCGAACGUCAACACCAACGUCAACUCUGAGUUCCUCAACCGUUGUCGCAUGAACUCCAUCAACAACUGGCAGGUGUUCUUCCCAAUCCACUUCCAGGACUACAACCCAGACAUCGCCUUCCACAACCAGGAGCCCCCACCUGCAGUAGACCUGGUCAAGGACGCCGGACACUUUGACCGCAGUUCGUUCGAGGAGGCGUGCUUCUAUAACACUGACUACAUGGCGACGCGCACGCGCAUGGCCUCCGACGUGCAGGAGAACGAGGAGAUCCUGGAGACCUUGGAUAUCUACGAUAUGUUUGUCAGGUACUCAACCCUGCAUGUGUUCAGGGCUGUGGAGCCAGCCUUGCACCAGAAGUACCGCUACCAGGCCUGUAACCCUCGGCUAAGUGAGGACAUCUACCACAGGUGUGUCCAGAGCAACCUGGAUGGCCUGGGAGCCCGUUCCCAGCUCGCCAUGCUGUUAUUUGAACAAGAGCAAGGAAAUAGCACUUGAUCACGCCCCUCUUAGAAACUUCACCUAGAAUGUGUGUGUGAUUGUGUGUGUAUGUAUGUUUGCGUGCGUGUGAAUGUGUGCAUGUCUGUUUUAAAACUAAUGCAGUACAUUCCUAAAAUAUUUAGUUUUUUUACUGAAUACAAAAAACCCUGCUGGAACCAAAUAGGUUUGUUUUGAACAUUGAAAGUAUUUUAAACCUUUGAUUUGGUGGUCAUGCAGGGAUGCCUAUAUCAAUAUUUUUUUAUAUAUUAGAAAAGUUCUACAUACAUUUGAUGUUGCUCUCAAGGGUAUGGCUUUAAACCUGCACAGCUUUUGAUACUUGGUCCUUUGCAGUUUAGUAAUCACUACUAAAGCACAUCUCAAUAUGUGUGCCUUUUUUAAUGUCUGUCGGUCCUCUUGUAUUUUCAUGUCCAUUGUCAUAUCAAGCAAAAAAAGUAGAUUUACAUGUAUUCAUUUAUCAAUAUUUUGAGGCCUCAUAUUUCCACACUACACAUUUCAUAUUUUAAUGUGUAAGCUGGCAUCUGAAAUAUAGAUUCACUCUACUCAAAGAUGUUAAACGGAUGAAAGCUUUAUGGUACUGACGUAAUCAGAUGCAGCAUGAGAUUACUGUUAGGCUAAGAGGAUUGGACAAUAAUGUGUCGGUACUGUAGGGCACCAUAGGUGGGGUAGAAAACUAGCCUGUAGGGUCUCUUUAGGAGGCUGCAGCAUUACACAUUCUUGAAGAAAAAAAACAUAUGAUUGUCUGUUAUUUAGAAUAGGAAAUCAUGUCAUCUUUAUCUGUUACAUUUCUAUCUGCAACACUCUAAACAUUUCUCCCCUCUGAAUACACGGUUAGAUACUGUAUGUUUCUCUGACCAUAUUGCUGGAGAGUCCUUGAAAAUAACUGAGGCCAACUUUGUGACUGGACUAGUUCACAUAAGUUGAUGGUUUCAGUAUGUUACACACUCAAAUGUGAUCUCAGUAAAUUAAAGUAGCAAUUUGAAAUCAGUUGAAUUUAAGAAUGUAGUUAUUGAGGACAAUCAGGAUUGUGGUUUGUAAUGUAUACAUUGGUCGUCAACGUUGUAACAUGAAUGUUAUUACAUUUCUAUUGCAUCAGAAUAUACCUGAAGACAUACAGUUGAAGUCCGAAGUUUACAUACACCUGAGCCAAAUACAUUUAAACUCAGUUUUUCACAAUUCCUGACAUUUUGUCCUAGUAAAAAUUCCCUGUCUUACAUCAGUUAGGAUCACCACUUUAUUUUAUGAAUGUGAAAUGUCAGAAUAAUAGUAGAGAUUGAUUCAUUUCAGCUUUUAUUUCUUUCAUCACAUUCCCAGUGGGUCAGAAGUUUACAACACUCAAUUAGUAUUUGGUAGCAUUGCCUAUAAAUUGUUUAACUUGGGUCAAACGUCUUUUUUAUGGCGUUUUUGGAGCAGUAAAACCGUAGUCAUGCGGUUGUAUGGCAGUUUUGGAGCACGACCUGGCUUGUGAAGGUCUACACAUUUUUUUCUGAAGUCUUGGCUGAUUUCUUUUAAUUUUCCCAUGAUGCCAAGCAAAGAGGCACUGAGUUUGAAGGUAGGCCUUGAAAUACAUCCACAGGUACACCUCCAAUUGACUCAACUUAUGUCAGUUAGCCUAUCAGAAGCUUCUAAAGCCAUGGCAUCAUUUUCUGGAAUUUUCCACGCUGUUUAAAGGCACAGUCAACUUAGUGUAUGUAAACUUCUGACCCACUGGAAUUGUGAUACAGUGAGUUAUAAGUGAAAAAAUCUGCCUGUAUACAAUUGUUGGAAAAAUGACUUGUCAUGCACAAAGUAGAUGUCCUAACAAACUUGGCAAAACUAUAGUUUAAGAAAUUUGUGGAGUGGUUGUAAAAGUGUAUGUAAACUUCCGACUUCAACUGUACAUAGUUUGAAAUCCCAUUGAUAUUGACAUUUCCCUGCAACAUUUCCGCCAAGUUAUAAUAAUAAUCACUAUUAUUAUUAUAAUUAUUGUAUAUAUACAUUUACAUGGUACCACAUUGUAGCCCUCAAUAUGUAAUAGUUUGGCAGCAAGCAAAUAGCUGUACACUGCAAUUUCCACUCAGUAUUGUGCAAACAGAGGCCUUUUGAGUGGGUGCAGCAGGUACCAGUAACCUGAGAAGUAAAAUAUGUGCAAUACUGUAUAGAUUAUAUUUAUAUAUGAACAAAUUAUAACUGUCCAUUCAAGGACCGGGAUUAUAUUUGUUUGACGUGUUGCAAAUUGAGAAUAUGUUCUAAAGUUAUAUUUAUAAAGCUUAUACCAAGCCAAUAUCCUUUGUAACACUGAAUGUGACAUGGCCUACAUUAAAGGUAGACAGUGAAGUGACGUUGCAACGAGCAGCAGCGCAGAUGUUGCGAUGAGACGCAAGACUUCGUUCUCAUACAGUCACACACAGUGUCUGCGCAUGUGUAUGGGUUGGUACGGGACCGAAACGACUGACAAGUUUAGCCUUGCGCUUCAACGCUCUUAUUUUUUUGCGGAAGUUGACCCACUAUGUUGUUGACUUUGUGCAUCUAUGUCCUUUCACUGAGUCUACAGUACCUUUUAAGACUUAACUGAUAUUACUGUAUUGUGUAUAAAUGAAUACACUACAUUUUAAAGAUUUGAUUUGUAUUGUAUUAUACUGAAAGAAACACUAUGGACACUGAAUCUAUCAUGAAAUGAAUACAUACUGAAAAGAAACAACCAACCCUUGUAAAUCUAGAUUUUACAUGUACAGUGCCUUCAGAAAGUAUUCACACCCUUUUACUUUUGUGUAACUGAUCUACACACAAUACCCCAUAAUGUCAACGUGGACUUUGGUUUGUAGAACAUUUUAGAAAGGAAUGAAAAGUCAAUAAGUAUUCAACCCCUUUGUUAUGGCAAGCAUAAAUAAGUUCAGAAGUAAAAAUGUGCUUAACGAAUCACAUAGGUUGCAUGGACUCAUUCUGUGUGCAAUAAUAGUGUUAAACAUUAUUUUUGAAUUCUACCUCAUCUCUGUACCCCACACAUACAAUUAAUUAUAUGUAACUUCCCUCAGUCGAGUAGUGAAUUUCAAACACAGAUUCAACCACAAAGAUGUGGGAGGUUUUCCAAUGCCUCGCUAAUUACACUUUGGAUGGUUUAUCAAUACAGCCAGUCACUCGAAAGAUACAGCCGUCCUUCCUAACUCAGUUGCUGGAGAGGAAGGAAACUCCUAAGGGAUUUCACCAUGAAGCCAAUGGUGAAUUUAAAAUGGCUGUGAUAGGAAAACACUGAGGAUGGAUCAACAAUGUAGUUACUCCAUAAUACUAGCCUAAUUGAGUGAAAAGGAAGCCUGUAUAGAAAAACUAUUUCAAAACAGGCAUCCUGUUUGUAAUAUGGCACUAAGAAUCAUAAAACACGGGACGAGAUGUUGAAACUGUCCAUUGUGCCUACAAAAUACUACAAAAAAUGUGGCAAAGCAAUUCACUUUUUGUCCUGAAUACAAAGAGUCAUGUUUAGGGCAAAUCCAAUAAAACACCUUAUUGAGUACCACCAUCCAUAUUUUCAAGCAUAGUGGUGGCUGCAUCAUGUUAUGGGUAUGCUUGUAAUUGUUAAGGACUGGGGAGUUUUUCUGGAUAAAAAAGAAACGGAAUGGAGCGAAGUACAGGCAAAAUCCUAGAGGAAAACCUGGUUCAGUCUGCUUUCCACCUGACACCGGGAGAUUAAUUCACCUUUCAGCAGGACAAUAACCUAAAACACAAGGCCAAAUUUACGCUGAAGUUGCUUACCAACAAGACAGGGAAUGUUCCUUAGUUGCCGAGUUAGUUUAUUUACUUAAGACAACCAAAAAAAGUAGAUUUAACAAUGAAAAUUGUUGUCUAGCAAUGAUCAACAACCAAUUUGACAGAUCUUGAAGAAUUUUGAAAAGAAUAAUGGAAAAAUGUUGCAAAAUCCAGGUGUGGAAAGCUCUUAGAGACUUAUCCAGAAAGACUCGCAGUUGUAAUCACUGCCAAAGGCGCUUCUACAAAGUAUUGACUCAGGGGUGUGAAUACUUAUGUAAUUGAGAUAUUUCUGUAUUUCAUUUCAAAUAAAUUAUUUAAUUUUGAAUUCAGUCUAACACAAGAAAAUGUGGAAUAAUUAAAGGGGUAUGAAUACUUUCUGGAAGCACCGUAUAUGAUUUUCCAAGAUGUUUUGUAAUUGCAUCCAAAAUGCUUCAUAUGCAUGUCUAUUUUGCUAGAGACCAUUUGAGAUUAUAAUACAUUAUGCAAAUUCAGAAUGAUGAAGCUCAAAUAGAGAUUUCCAUUGUUUCCCUUGUAUCUGAUGUGUGUAAAUAUAAUAUGUAAGGGAUAAUCCACGAGGGGCUAUGCGUUCUAUGAAAAAUAAUGAACAACGUGGAAGGUGUGACCUUCCACGGAGUCGCAUUAUUUUCCAGAGAAUGCAUAGAGCCCCGAGUUGAUUAUCCCUUUUAUACCAUGGCUAUAAUUUAACACAUUUGCCACUAGAAAUGUGUUAAUUUGCCUGUAGAAAUGUGUUCAACAUCCACUGAAGUAGCUAGCAAGUUUACUAGAUGGCUAGUUGCCAUGGUCACCAAACAGACUUGCUAGUUUAGCUAACCAAACCAAUCAGGCCUAGCUUGUUAUUAUGAAAAUCGAAUUCAACAAUACCAAUACUGUUUUAAAUUUGACUUUUGCUUUCAAAAGCAACUAAAAAAACAUGUAAAAAUGAGCUAUAGCCAUUGAAUUCUACCGUGCAAAUAUAGCAUGUGUUAUUUAAGCAAUAAGUCAUGAGGGGGUGUGUUAUAUGGCCAAUAUACCAUGGCUUGUGGAGUGCCUGGAUACAGACCUUAGCUGUGGUAUAUUGGCCAUAUACCACAAACACCCGAGGUGCCUUAUUGCUAUUAUAAACUGGUUACCAACGUCAUUAGAGCAUUAAAAAUAAAUGUUUUGUCAUACACGUGAUAUACCACGGCUGUCAGCCAAUCGGCAUUUCGGGCUCGAACCACCCAGUUUAUAAAGGCAAAUAAUGCCCACUCUAGAAUGCCCUUUGAGCCAAUCUGGAAGGAGUAUUCAACAAUGCCAUGAUAUGUCUUCUAAUUGUUACGACAAAUCUUCAGUUAUUUGCUUUGUUUAGGCGAGGCGAUGGCGUAAUCGACAUUUCCUGCUUUGCAUUUUUCACGGUUGACUAUUCUCUGUUUACUACCAGUGCAAGUAUUGGAUUCAGUUUAUUUGAAGUGUCCAGUGUACUAUAGUAUGUUUCUAACGGUAGUGUUAACCUAACUCAUUAUUCAUCUAAUUGAGAAACAGUGACCACUUGGAAAUUCAAUCCAUAUCCUCCCCGUAAAGCAGCUGACCCAAGUCUGUCCAGACCUAUAUUAAAAGGUCCUGUGUACAGCACAAACGGUAAAUGAUGUUUUUCCCCCGUCUAUAGGAUAUCCGUUACAAAACAAGCAACCGCAGAACAUUUUCUACCUACAAAUGGAAAAUGAAAUAAUCAUUGGUAAAUCUUCUGUUACAAACAUUUUGCAUGUCAUAUUUCUGAGUACAUCAUUAUUGUGUAGAUACAAUAAUCAAUGGUAUACUGAAAUCCUCAAUGAACUGUGAAUUAUUGUAAUGAUGAAAUAAAGAACUAAAGUGGGAA